UUAUUUGUUAUAGAGGUGGAUAUUGGGAAUUUCCAAUUCCUGAUUUCCAUACAGCUAUCAGCAUGGUAGACAGCGAAUAGCAGAGGAGACCCUCCUUCCCAUCAUGUGUUCGCAGUUUUGGAACCAUAGUUGAACCCAAAAGGAUGCAAAAUCAAAACGAAUUCCUUUUGUUUUUAAGAUUCGUUCUCACUAAUCCUACAGAUUUUUAGAUUCGCUCUCUCUCCAGAAAGAACAGCAAAGGAAAACCUUUUCAGGUUUUCUGCUCUCUCUCUCUCUCUCUCUGAUAGAUAAGUAAAGCACAAACCAGAAGAUGAGUACCAUCCUGGGUUCAUGUGUUCAAACCUGUUCCAUGUUUAACCAUACAGGAAGAUCCAGACCCACAACCUUCUGCACGUUUAAUCCCCUGAGAAGGAUGCCCACCUAUUUCUUACCUGGAAGGAGAAGACGAGGGAUAUCUUCUUACGUCUCUAUCUCUGCCGUGCAUACCGCAAAGGAGGAGACUGAAGAAGAAGCCCAAGAGGCCACCUUCAAUUUCAAGGCUUACUUGCUUCAAAAGGCAAAUUCCGUGAAUAAAGCCCUCGACAAGGCUGUUUCCCUCAAAGACCCCAUCAAGAUCCACGAAGCCAUGCGCUACUCCCUUCUCGCCGGCGGCAAGCGUGUACGUCCGAUUCUCUGCAUUGCCGCAUGUGAGCUUGUCGGCGGCCUGGAAUCGAUGGCCAUGCCAUCAGCAUGCGCUGUGGAGAUGAUUCACACCAUGUCUCUGAUUCACGAUGAUCUCCCCUGUAUGGAUAAUGACGAUCUCCGACGUGGGAAGCCAACGAACCACAAGGUCUUCGGCGAGGAUGUGGCGAUCCUAGCCGGAGAUGCUCUUCUGGCCUUCGCAUUCGAGCACAUCGCCACGGCAACCAUUGGGGUUCCGCCUUCAAAGAUCAUUCGUGUGGUCGGGGAACUGGCGAGAGUGAUUGGGUCAGAGGGACUGGUUGCUGGGCAGGUUGUUGAUAUCGGGUCUACUGGAUUGUCUGAUGUCGGCUUGGAAGAGCUUGAGUUCAUCCAUCUUCACAAGACCGCGGCGCUGCUGGAAGGAUCUGUCGUUAUUGGGGCAAUUGCGGGAGGUGGAUCGGAUGAGCAAAUCGAAAAGCUGAGGAAGUUCGCGAGGUGCAUCGGCUUGCUGUUUCAGGUGGUCGACGAUAUCCUCGAUGUCACGAAGUCAUCUCAGGAAUUAGGGAAGACGGCUGGGAAAGAUCUGUUGGCCGACAAGACUACUUAUCCGAAGUUGAUGGGUCUCGAGAAAUCGAGAGAAUUCGCGGAAGAGCUGAGGAAGGAGGCCCUGGAUCAGCUCUCCGAGUUUGAUCCAAAUAAGGCAGCUCCAUUGAUAUCUUUGACGAAUUACAUUGCUUUUAGGCAGAACUGAUAAUUUUCUCUUCAUGAAUUUUUAGUUUAGGGAGGACUGGAAGAGCAAGAAGCAAUAUUUAUGCUGUAGCAUGGAAAGAAAAAAAGAAUCCUUCUUCGUGUUCUAGAUUUCUGGUGAUAAUGUCUGUAAAACUGUUAUUUCAAUUGGAUUCUGCUGUACUGCUCAAAUUAAAGUAUGGUUAUACAUGAAUAUCUGUAACUCAAGUUGGUUGCCAUCGCAAAGACCAGUUCAUUAAAUAAAAAAAGAAAAGAAAAGAAAAGAAAGAACAUUAGAGAUCAAUUCUGUAGCCAAAGGUCACUCGAGGACAACUCCCUUGCAAGCACAGAAAUCUCAAAUGGCUGGAGCAUGUUCUCUGGUCUUCAAUGCCUGUCAUUUCUUAGAAAAAUUUUUUGAUGUUACAUUUUGGAGCAGAUUCUGUUAGUUGUAUGUAUAUGUGGGAGAAUAAGUGAAGUUUCUUGACCUAGUUUUUGCUUUCC